AUGGAGGAGGUAACAGGAAUGGAUGCCAUGCGUUUGGUACUACACAUAGUUGGGUGUGGGCACAGGGCAUUCAUAGAGGGGCAAACAGAGCAAACAGUGCAGCUGGAGGAAGACAAGGAGCCAAAAUAUGAGGCUGUUGUGGGGUCACGGUCUGUAAGUGACAGUGCGAGAGUGGGGGCUUCUGGGAGGCCAGUGGAAUGCUGGGAGUUGCCUUUAGAAGACUGCAGUGGCCUUGCUGUACAAGAAUUUGGAUGGAGAGACCCAGAACUGCCUGAAGUGAUCCAGAUGUUGCAACAUCAGUUUCCUUCAGUCCAGUCUAAUGCUGCAGCCUAUUUACAACACCUGUGUUUUGGAGACAAUAAAAUUAAAGCUGAGAUAAGGAGACAAGGAGGCAUACAGCUCCUGGUGGACCUGCUGGAUCACCGGAUGACCGAAGUCCACCGGAGUGCCUGUGGAGCGUUGAGAAACUUGGUGUAUGGGAAGGCCAAUGAUGAUAACAAAAUUGCCCUGAAGAACUGUGGAGGCAUCCCAGCGCUGGUGAGGUUGCUUCGCAAGACCACUGACCUGGAGAUCCGGGAACUGGUCACAGGAGUCCUUUGGAACCUCUCAUCGUGUGAUGCUCUCAAAAUGCCAAUCAUCCAGGAUGCCCUGGCAGUGUUGACCAACGCAGUGAUUAUCCCACACUCUGGCUGGGAAAAUUCACCUCUUCAGGAUGAUCGGAAAAUACAGCUGCAUUCAUCACAGGUGCUGCGCAAUGCCACUGGGUGCCUAAGGAAUGUAAGUUCAGCCGGAGAGGAGGCCCGCAGAAGGAUGCGGGAGUGUGAAGGACUGACGGAUGCCUUGCUGUAUGUGAUUCAGUCGGCGCUGGGGAGCAGUGAGAUCGAUAGCAAGACCGUUGAAAACUGUGUGUGCAUCUUAAGAAACCUCUCAUACCGGCUGGCAGCAGAAACGUCUCAGGGACAGCACAUGGGCACCGAUGAGCUGGACGGGCUGCUCUGCGGUGAGGCCAACGGCAAGGAUGCUGAGAGCUCUGGCUGCUGGGGCAAGAAAAAGAAGAAGAAGAAAUCCCAGGAUCAGUGGGAUGGAGUAGGACCUCUUCCAGACUGUGCAGAACCACCAAAAGGGAUCCAGAUGCUGUGGCACCCAUCCAUAGUCAAACCCUACCUCACACUGCUCUCUGAGUGCUCAAACCCAGACACGCUGGAAGGGGCAGCAGGCGCCCUGCAGAACUUGGCUGCAGGGAGCUGGAAGGGCUGGGCUGAGGAUGUGGCAGGCAUGGCGUAUGCCCUACGUUCACUGCCAGAGGGGGCUCCCUGCCUGCCACAGUGGUCAGUAUAUAUCCGAGCCGCUGUCCGAAAAGAGAAAGGCCUGCCCAUUCUUGUGGAGCUGCUCCGAAUAGACAACGACCGUGUAGUGUGUGCAGUAGCCACGGCACUCCGGAACAUGGCCUUGGAUGUCAGAAAUAAGGAACUCAUCG